AGUGCCUAAUUUAACAGUGUGCAACUAUUAAGUGUGGACGAUUACGGGUUUAGCUUUAUUAAACUUGAGUCACUCACUCAAAGCCCUCUUCAGCACACUGGACAGCACUCCUCGACAAUGAAUGAUACUUAACGCUGUUCAUUUUGACCAAGAAUGGAAACCAGUAAAUAUGAACAGCCGAGGACCAGUAAGGGGAACACGGACAGAAACCCGCGACAAAUCAGCCGUUAUUGACUUUGGAAAGAGACAUGAACUUAUUGGAAGCAUUGCUGGAGUUACUAAUCGUCGUCAUUGCCAUUGUGUCGCUCGUGGGGAACUUGCUGGUGUUAGUAUGUUUCACCUGCAGCGCAGAAGUCCGUGCGCAGGUGCCGGGGAUCUUUAUCAUGAACCUUUCUUUCUGCAACAUCCUUAUCGCCGUUCUCAACAUGCCAUCUACCUUACUUGGGGUCGUAAGACGUCAAAAGCCGUUUGGCGACUACUUUUGCUAUACAGUGAGCUUUAUGGACACUUUUCUGACUUCCAACACAAUGCUGAGCAUGGCAGCUCUCAGUAUAGACCGCUGGAUAGCGGUGGUUUUUCCUUUAACUUAUUCAAGCAAAAUGAGACACAAAGAUGCUGUACUAAUAGUCAGCUACGCUUGGCUACACUCACUUGCAUUCUCUCUCACUGCUGUCCUGCUGUCCUGGGUCGACUAUAAUCCCGUUUACGCGUCGUGCACGAUGCACCUUGCAGAAGAGGGUGGCCGGGGUCAGUUUAUGGUGUUCACCGUGGUGUUUCACGCAGCGACUUUUGCACUCUCGUUUUUCAUCCUGUGCUUCACCUACCUGAAAGUACUACAGGUUGCUCGAUUCCAUUGCAAGAGAAUAGAUGUUAUAACGGUGCAGACACUUUUGCUCCUUGUCGACAUUCACCCAAGUGUGAAACAACGGUGUUUACUGGAGCAGAAAAAACGAAGACAGAGAGCCAUCAAGAAAAUCUGCAUAUUCAUCGGGUCAUUCAUCCUGUGCUUCGCCCCAUAUGUCAUAACACGAUUGACUGAACUGGUUCCUUCAGUAAAGAUCAACCAUUAUUGGGGGGUCGUGAGUAAGUGCCUGGUGUACAGCAAAGCUGCCUCUGACCCUUUCGUCUACUCCCUGUUACGGAAACAAUAUAAGAAGGCCCUCAUUGGAGUGUACAAUAGGAUUUUGGGACGGAACUCAUACACGCUCUCUGGUAACUGCAGCCCCUCAGGCACAAAAAAUGAAUGCUACACCCGGAGGGUUACCAAGCUUCUAAAGGAUAACUGUCACUAAAGCAGGCGAAAAAGACUGAAACCUCAGUAGUUGUUUGUGCUUAGUUAAUGCCAAAUCAAAUUGGCCAUAAUUAAUUUGAGGUGAAUUAAAACUGAAAUACUGGCCUGUUUUUCUGAGAUUGCGACUAGCACUAUAUUUGUGGGACCACAGGCUGUCUACAUUUAUGAAGAGGAUACCAAUUAAUGCAUUCAACAUGGACAAUUACAUAGCUAUUUUCCAUCUACACACACCACUGUUAUCCCUAUGACUGAAAAAGAGGAUGUCAGACUCAUACCUAAGAGAAUAAUUCCAUGAGAUUGCAAGCAUUGGCCAGAAUAAGUGAUAUUAUGAUUGACACAUAGUUUAGAGUGGGCCAACAGCUCCUACUUAAAGAAAACAAUUUAUCAUACACAUUUUCAAGCUCUUAUUCUUGUAGAUCAAGGAAAGGAAAACAGAAGUGGGAACUUUUCCAGUCACUGGAUUUUCAAGAUUCACAACAUCCUGUAAUGUGUGUUAUAAUGUACAUACUGAAAUAAAAUCAA